AUAUAUCCACCUAUCAACGUACUCCCAUCACUUUCUCGUUUAAUGAAGAGUGCUAUUGGUGAGGGAAUGACUCGUCGAGACCAUGCUGAUGUCUCUAACCAGUUAUAUGCAAAUUAUGCCAUUGGAAAAGAUGUUCAGGCAAUGAAAGCCGUGGUUGGAGAAGAAGCACUUUCUUCUGAGGAUCUGCUUUAUUUGGAGUUCCUAGACAAAUUUGAAAGGAAAUUUGUUUCCCAAGGGGCAUACGACACUCGGAACAUUUUUCAGUCACUUGAUUUGGCUUGGACACUGCUUCGUAUCUUCCCCCGUGAGCUUCUCCACCGUAUACCAGCAAAGACAUUGGACCAGUACUACAGUCGCGAUGCAACAAACUCAGAUGGAACGUGAUCUCACAUAUCUUUCAUUUGAAUUUAACAGUUCACUACUGAGUGGCCACGUUGUUUGGCUGCAUGAAUCACCAGAAUAAGGGUCCAUAUAUAGUAGGAAACAUCUUUUUCUCUUAUUUGUAUGUCUAUGAAGACCCCUUGAUUUGGUAGCGAUUUCACUUUUCGUAACAAAUGUAAUUUAGACUUAUAUUUGGCAUUGCCUGGUAUAUCCUUGUAAUAAGUUGUACAAAUGGCAUUGUCUUCGAAAUAAGUGUUAGGAACAAAUGAGAUUUAUUCCAACCUUUCAAAUGUGUGUUAUUUCUAUGGUGUACAAAAAUACAAACUGUUUUGUGCU